AGUUCUCGUGUACGCACACGACGGCUGUAGAGAAGAGAGGUGCGGAUUGCAGCGCCCGCAACCGGCAUCAGCUUCCACUCCUUGCUCCUGUCGCCUUGCCUUUUUGUUUUUGUUUGGUAGAGACGUCAGCUGUCACCGUUGAGCACAUUCCUUUUUCCUUCUGUGUGUUUUCCUCCACCACUCAAGAGUGGUGUUUUUGGCUCUCGACGGAGCGGUGCCGUUGUCUCGUGUGUGGUUUCUGUGGCAGUGACAGUGACAGUGAGAGAGAGAGUGUGGCUCCUACAGGGUAUUGCCGGCUUAGAAACGAACCCCCCCCCUCUAUGGACCGCAUCUCAGCCCACACACGCACGCAUACAUAUAUAUAUAUAUAUAGUGAACAGGUGAAGAAGGAAGACCUAUGUCGUGCUGAAGGAUUCAUCAUCAUCGUGCAUUGUGACAGCAAUCGUCCUGAGAGUUGCAACUGUUAUUGUUUUUUCUUCUUGUUUCUUGUCGUUGUUCCGAUAGCUUAUAAAACUUCGUUUUGUAUCAGAUUUCCUUUCAUUAUUAUUUUUUUCUUUUUUCUCUCUUCCUCUCUUCCUCUCUUUCCCUCUCCCUGUACCGACGUCGCAGAUUGCCGCUGCUGCAUCGGAUCUGUAUCACACCUUUGUUCUCCCCCCGGCUUUGCUGCUGUUGCCGCCGCCACUGCGAACGCCGUAUCCGGCAAAAAGGGCCGACUUUAACCGAAAGCAUUUAUCUCAUUCACGUUAUUAGUUUCUGCUGUCUGCUGCUCGUGCAGAACUCAAAGGCGGGGUUGGGGUAACGGCGUUGGGCGAUAUCAUUGUUAUCAUCGUUUUGCAGCGUGAGCCGGAGCCGCCCUCUCUUGCUUUCGCCUUUUCUUUCCUCUGUUUCUCUGUCCUUGUGUGCGUGUCAGCGUGCGCGUGCUGCCCGUGCGUUGCUCGAACACACAGAGUUGAGUUGCGCUUCAGCGACAUCGAUCUUUUCAUUGGAUACACGCCGGCGGAUUGCUCGUGUUUCUCUCCUUCGACAACCCCGGCUGUUCCCUUCUCGCUUGUCUGCCAACGCACUCAAUACAUAGAUACAUUCUUGUUGCUGGUUGACGCGCCUCGCACGGCCUGGCACGGAAAUAAUGGGGAUGGAGCACUACACGAAGGUCAAGGACCUCGGCGGCACCAACGGUGCCUUUCUAGCCCGAGACCGCCAACUGCCGGACCGUCUUGUUGUCAUCAAGCGUCUCGCCGACGGCACCCAAGGCAUGGAGGAACUGAACGCCUUCUUGCGGCUGCGCCACCCCCACGUGAUCCGCUUCCUCGAGUCCUUCCUGUUCGACGGUGCUCUCUACCUCGUCAUGCCCUACGAACAAGGCGGUGACCUGGACGAGCUCUUUCUGUACCUGAAGGAGCGCCACAAGAUGCCGACGACGCACACGCUGCUCCUGUGGUUUGAGCAGCUGCUCGAUGCGCUCGCCUUCUGCCACGCCAACCAUGUCAUUCACCGUGACAUUAAGCCGAGUAACAUCCUCGUCUCCGAGGACACAAAGAUGCUCUACCUCGCCGACUUUGGCUCCUCCAAGACCCUCGACACGUCGAACGUGACCUCCACCUUUGUCGGGUCGCCGCUGUGGAUCUCGCCGGAGGUGCUGAUGGGCACCAAGUACAGCUUCGCCGCGGACAUCUGGUCCCUCGGCUGCGUAUUCUACGAGAUGGCAACUCUGCGCAAGCCCUUCUCGGCUCCCAGCUUCGCCCACCUGGUGCAGCAGGUCACGCGUGGCCAAAUCGCACCGCUGCCGCCGAGCGUCGCGAGCGAAGUGCGAGAGAUUGUUCAGUCGAUGCUGCAGCUGCACCCGGCGGAGCGGACCACGGCGGCGGCGGCGCUCGGCGUGGCGCGGGCUGCGCUGGCGGGGGCGGAGGCGAGACGCAACGUGACGCCCAAAGCCCUUCGAUCGCCCAUCCCGCCGGCCAACCUUUCGCCCACGGCUGCUGGGGGGCGACCAGCACCAGCGGCGCCGCUGGUGCUGUCUGCACCGACGACCGUCGCCGCACCGCAGCCAACACCCGAGCCACCUCAGCCGGAGCAGGCGGCGGCGGCGGACGCGCCGCCUCCCAACGCCGCCCGCGAGCCGCGAAAAUCACCGGUCAAGGACAACGGCACCGUCCCGCCCGUCGCGCAAACAAACCCGCCCCCGCACGCGGCCUCGUCUGGUGUGACCACACCGCUGACGAACACGCUGGACACGGCCACCCCGGUCAACAGCGUCAACGGCAGCGUGAAGGAUUCGAUCAAGAAGGCGGACACGCUUCCCGGCGGUGAUUCGCCGGCGUACGUCGUAGUGCGGAAGCGACCGGCUGGUGGCACCCCUUCGCCGUAUGCCUCUGCGCCGACGAAAUCGCUGUCGCCGCCCCCGGCAGCCGAGGUUCCAGCGGGCGAGGAAGAGAAGAGCAAGUCGUCGACCGCCCUCACCGCGGAGCCGUGCACGCCGCAGCAGAUGGUGCUGAACAUACCCACCGCUGCCUUUAGGAAACCGGUGGCACGCAAGAAGCCGACGGCCCCGCGCAGCGCUGCUCUCCGGCAACCAGCGGCGCCGUCACACCAAUCACGCCCGCGGCUGCAGCAGCAGCAGCAGCAGCGCCAGCAAGUGGUCAGUUUGCCUGCUCCAACUUCAGGAUCCAGCGCGCCAAACUUCGUACGGCAGCUCACGGCAGACGCGCAGUUCGGACGCCGCCUCUCCACGAAGAGCGCUGCGGAGGUCGUCCAUGAACAGCGCAACAGCCUGCACACGACGGAAACCAAAGUUGUGGUGAAGGCGGCACCGCCGCGUGCGCUGCCCACCCGCGCGAAGACCGCUGCCGAGAACGCGAGCACCCAGCGGCACGUUCCCGGGGAGUCGCCCACACGUGCUGCCGCGGCCCCCCUGCCCCCACCCCCGCUGAUCGGCGAGGCGGAGCGGCAGGCGCCGGAGCCGGGCCCGAUGGUGCCAACCAAGUCCCCGGCGAAGGCUGCAGGCCGCGUCCCCGCCGAUCAGUGGAUGGAGGAGCGCAUGCGUGAGCUGUCUGCGAUGGAGAACUACCUGUACCAGCACCGCGUCGGCGACGAUAAGGUGCUGCAGACAUACGACGCACGACGCGACGAGGAGGAUCGGCAGCGGGAGGCGGCGGCAGCAAUGGCAGUGCCACGGCCUCCGCCGCACCGCUCGCCCGCACAGCGCCGUAUGAGCCCGUCCAAAGCGUUUUCCAGUCCACCGACCUCCGCCGGUGUGCUCGUGAUCUCGCCGCCUGCCCCGGUCAAGAGCCAGCCGUCACAGCGGCGCAGCUUCCCCGUUGGCGUGUCAACAGACCCGCGUCCAGACAGCGUUGCCUCGCCCGUACUGCGCCGGGCCUCCGACGGUCGACAGCCGUCGCACCCCGGCAGCCACACCGGAUCGCGGCAGGGCAGCCUGGCCUCCACCUUCAACGGCCGGCAGGCGAGCAACGCCCGUCCGCAUCAGCCCAUCUCUGAGGAGGAGCAUCAGCGGCUGGAGGAGGAGCGGGCCGCCGCACGGGAGAAGCGCGAGGCGGAGCGGCAGCGCAUGAAGGAGCUCAUCCGCGAACAGCGCGCCACCGCCAAGAAGCAAAAGCGCAAGCCGAAGAAGGGCGGUGACAAGGGCGCGAUGGUGGUUGACAUCGUUGUGCCGGACCACAGGCGCGCCGUCGCUGGCGAUGCCGCGGCCGCCACGGAGUAA